AUCACAUAACGAAAAGGCCAUAACCAAGUUUUUCAUUGACGCAUUGGCUGCAGAAUUCAUUUAUACAUGUUUUUAUGUGCAAUUUGAAAUCAUCUAUUCUAUGUUACUAUUUAAUCCAGCUACAGUGGAAUAUCAUAAAGUGCCCUUUUUCAAUAUCAGAACGUGGCUGAAGUCGGCAAUAUAGAUAACCAUUAUAUCAGCCACACUUAAGUUAUCAGUGCUUCUUUUCGUAUGAGAUUAGCCAGUCGUGCAAAGUAAUCAAAUGAAAUCAGUCAUCUGAACUAAACGUGUGAUCAACAUGAAGAAAAUUGUAAUAUUCGGUGGAACUGGUACGACCGGUCAAUGUGCCGUAAAGUAUGCUCUGGAAAAGGGUCUCAAAGUUCGGCUGAUGGUACGUAAUGAAGGUACUGUUCCAGAAUCGUUUAAGGGUGAGGUAGAAGUGGUUAAAGGAGAUGUGGUUAACCCUAUCGACGUCUCCAAUGCAAUAAAUGGUCAAGAUCUUGUAUGUGUUGCUUUGGGGACACGCAACGACCUAAAGCCCACGACUGAACUAUCAACUGGCAUGCAGAACAUUGUUGAUGCCAUGAAAACUACAGGUAUCAAACAGGUAUCCAUCUGCUUAUCAACGUUCUUGUUUUUCGAAAAGGACAAGGUUCCAAAAAUCUUUACGGAUCUGAACGCCGAGCACGGACGGAUGUUGGAUGUAGUAAAGGCAUCCGGGUUAGAAUAUCGUGCCAUCUUUCCACCGCAUAUAGCUGAUGAGCCUGCUGGAGAGUACAUCACUGCCUACGAUAAAUCGCCAGGUGUAAGCCGUUCUAUCUCAAAACAUGAUUUGGGAAAAUUCUUGAUUGAGUCGCUGUUUGACGAACGACAUGCUGGAAAACUUAUUGGAAUCUGCACGAAACCUGCUUGUUGAAGAGCAAUAAAAAAUCUUCCUUUACCUGGCAUAAGAUAUACAAAUGUAACCCACAGGGUAUAGUGAGCUAAUAAAUUUGAUUUGACUCUUAAACUAAUCAA